AUUAUCGGCCUACGGUAAGGAAGAAGCCGUACUUUAAAUGAAUUUCGAGUUUUCGUUUCGCGACGUCGAUCUCGUGUUUCGUCAGCGCAUAAAUCUCGUCCCUCGUGGUUUUUGAUCCGAUCCGAUCAGUUGGCCCGUCGUCAUCCGCGUGCGUUGAACGAAGCUGAGCUAAGACGAGAAACAUGACGUCGCUCGCUAUGCCGGUUGCAAUGAAAUUUGCACGUAUCGCUGUGGAAAAUGUUUACCACAAUGGCAAAACCCUUGCACUCAGACCUGCGAGGUAUUCCCAGUCAUUUGUUUCACUGAGAAAAAACUUUGGAACAACCGCUGAAGAACCUAAAAGUGAAAGUGCGGAGCAAUCUUUAUCUGAAAAUGAAAAGAAACUGAAGUCUGAAAUUGAACUGCUGAAUAAAGAUUUAACUGAAUUGAAAGAAAAAUACUCACAGUUAGACGAUAAAUACAAAAGAGCGCUAGCAGACAGUGAAAAUUUAAGAGUACGGCUCAUGAAACAAAUUGAAGAUGCUAAACUUUUUGGAAUACAAGGAUUUUGCAAAGAUUUGUUAGAUGUUGCUGACAUAUUAGGGAAAGCAACAGAAAGUGUACCAAAAGACGAAAUUUCUGAAAGGAAUCCUCAUCUCAAAAGUCUUUACGAAGGCUUAAUCAUGACAGAAGCACAAUUGCACAAAGUGUUCAAGAAACAUGGCUUGAUUUCUCUCAAUCCUCUGGAUGAGAAGUUUGACCCCAAUCAACAUGAAGCUUUAUUCCAACAGGAGGUUGAAGGCAAGAAACCCGGAACAGUGGUUGUUGUCUCAAAAGUUGGCUACAAAUUACACGAAAGAAUAGUUCGACCCGCAUUGGUUGGUGUUGCAAAGGGAUAAAAGUUAUGAUUUGUUUUCAUUAGAAUGAGAACUUAUAUAAAAAAAUCUUUUUUUUAAGAAUCUAACUUUAUCACAAAUCCAUAUCCCAUACAAAUAUUAAGAUAUAUUCAUUUUAAAAAUAUGUCUGAUUUAGCAUUGGGGAUGUUUAAUUCUGUACAUUACAAGUUAAAUUUUAUUUGUUAUAAAAUAUAAGAUUAAAUAAAUACUGAAUGUUAACAGGUAUUACAAAAAUUGAUUUUUUUUUAAUAAAAUAGCAAUCAUCAAGUGAUUAUUCAAUGUUUAUUUAUUUAAACGGUUUGUAAAAAAAUAUAAGUUACAUAUCUAUGGUUUAUUAAAUACUGUUUAACAACGCUCAAAAACUUUAUACAAAUUAGGUAAACUAGCUAUUUCUAGAAUCGUUGAGUCAUGUAAGAAGUGUGGUGGAGGUAAAAGACUUUCCUUAAUUGUAUUGUACAGUACAUGUUCAGUUAUAGAUUUCCAUGAAUCAAUUGCUGUAUCUACUUUAGAAUAAAAUCUUGCAGUUUCUCGA